CUUUCCUUAUCAAAAGCUCAUCAAGAAAUAUUCUCAACUGAUGGGCUUGUCCCAGCCAUGUCGCACGUUGUUACGUAUUUUCACGGAUAUGGUGUUGAUAAUAUGUAUCGAGAUGCUGUGGGAUAAACCAUGUUAUAUGUGCCUAAACUCAUAAAUCUCUUUCUCUUUGGUCAUUCCAGUCACCUGUUCACGUCCUUAGCCUCAGCCACUUGAAUCAAUACCCUUAUCUAUGCCAUCCAUAUGACCCAUGCAUGUGUGCAGGGUGUCGAGACAGAAGCUUAUCGGUACUCUGCAAAUGUUGACGUCGCUGAUUCCCGAGGAGAUGUGUGCUUCAAGGAACCUUUGUGCUCUUAUUUUUCUUAUAUUGCAGAACGUUGGUCUUUCUUUCAAGGUUAUGCCGCAUGAACAUGUAUCCAGACUAGAGAAAGCAUGGCUUCAGACCCCGAGCUGGCAAAUGAGCGAACAAGUCUUAUCCCUUCUAUUGUCCGUGAUCGACGGUUGAACCACGUUCGAGCCGAGGAGGAUUCAGUCAUUUCAUCGCACUUGAGCAAAGAAGAGCAGGCUCUCUCUGCAACACCUCUGGGAGAACGGCUUCCCUAUAAUGAUUAUACUACGAUUGACUGGCUGCAUGAUCUUGUCAAGAACUCCUUUCGUUAUCGACUAAUCCAUUGUCGUAAAGGGCUCCGUCCCCGACUCUAUGCCGCAUGGUCAUCAUGUGAAGGCUGGGUAGCCGUUGCGCUCAUCGGACUGUUGACCGCUUGUGUCGCUUUCCUGGUCGAUAUCGCAGAGGCUACAGUCAGUGACUGGAAAGAGGGCUAUUGCUCUGGAAACGUUUUUAGAACAAAAGAGGCAUGUCACAAAUGGAACGACUGGACUCCAGAUUGGUGGCGAAGUUUUGGCAUCUAUGUCGGCUUUGCUCUCGCUUUUGGAGUCAUCAGCUCGAGCUUGACAGUAUUGUUGACAAAGCGUUCUUUGCCCGCCACUGCGCCAGGACAAGGCGACAAACAUUUCGGUCCCAAGGCAACUGAUGCGCAAAGGGCAAAAGGGAAAAUCAUGUACAUGGCCUCGGGCUCUGGUAUUCCAGAGAUCAAAACAAUCCUGUCAGGGUUCGUCAUUCCCCACUUUUUGGAUUUUAGAGUGCUUGCCGUCAAAGCUGUUGGUGCUGUGUUUGCUGUUGCCACAGGAAUGUGUCUGGGAAAGGAAGGCCCAUUCGUGCAUAUCUCCACAUGCGUUGGAUACCUUGUAGGCCAAAUGUUCCCCAGGUACCGUGAGAAUGGGAGGCAGAUGAGAGAAUUGCUUUCCGCAGCCUGCUCGGCGGGACUGAGCGUUGCGUUUGGAGCACCUAUUGGAGGUGUUCUCUUCAGCUAUGAGGAAAUCAGCACCUACUUCCCGCGAAAGGUUCUCUGGCGCGCGUUCCUCUGUUCAAUGAUUGCGGCUGUCGUUCUCAGAGCACUGAACCCCACCGGAACAGGAAAGCUUGUCUUGUUUGAGACCAAUUAUGGAACGUCGUAUGAUCCAAUCCACUAUCUCAUCUUCAUCCUCUUAGGCAUCGCCGGAGGCCUGUUCGGAGGUAUAUUUUGCAAGGCGAAUUUUAUGUGGUCUAAAUCUUUUCGGAAACUUUCCAUCAUCAGAAACUACCCUGUAUUUGAAACCGCCUUAGUCGUCCUCAUCACUGCCUUGUUGCAAUAUCCAAAUCCAUUGACUAGGGACACUGGCGACCUGAUCCUGAAGCAGCUGCUGGUUGAUUGCAGCGAGCCUGGAACGUCUUGGGUAUGCCAGAUGGAGUCGAAGAGUAGCCGCAGCGACUACAUUGGGUGGUUGGUAUACGGUACUCUGGUGAAACUUGUUCUCACCAUCGUUACUUUCGGCUGCAAAGUUCCUUCGGGAAUUAUCAUCCCCGCGCUGGACGCCGGUGCAUUCUUUGGUCGCCUCAUGGGUCAGUGGAUAACGUCCAUUUCCCCUGGCAUUUUCGCCAUGGUCGGAGCAGCAGCAUUCUUGGCUGGUGUCUCUAGAAUGACAAUCUCGCUGUGCGUUAUCAUGUUUGAGCUUACCGGUGAGCUCGAAUAUGUCUUGCCACACAUGAUCGCAAUUCUGGUCGCAAAAUGGGUGGCCGAUGCUUUAGAGCAGGAGGGAGUCUAUGAUUUAGCCCAGACAGUCCUCGGUCAUCCUUUUCUCAAUUCCGAGCAUGCUCUGGCCCUGGUUCGCAAAGAAGAUGCUCUUGUUGGUGUUCUCAUCCCACCAAAACAGACAAUGGAAGAAAUUACAGUCGAUGUACCCUUCGAUGGGCUUGUUCCUCGGGCAAUAUUAGAAGAAAAGCUUGCGCAACUCCAGAGGCGAGGCUUGAUGGAUGCCGGACUUGUGCUGGUCCAGAACAAAAUGAUUCAGGGAUAUCUUGCAGAGGGCGAGCUUGAAUUUGGACUGAAAGACAUCGGUAAAAUCUUCCCGGCUGAUUGCAAGGUAAGGUUGCUCGGGAUUGCUGAGGAUGAGGAAUUUGACAUGUCAAUGUUUGUGGAUGAAACGCCUCUCACAAUUAACGAGAAUGCUCCUAUGGAAUAUGCAGUGGAGAUGUUUAGUAAGCUUGGUCUGCGUCACCUUUGCGUGGUUGCUGAAAGGAGUGGUGUUCUGGUAGGCGUUAUCAUCAAGAAGAGGCUUGUUUCGUAUCUGGAAGGAUUGAAAAAUCAUUGAGCGUUGAUAGAAUUGAAUACAUGUAGCUAGGAGAGAUAUAAUUCUGUUAUAUAGAAUGGAGAGCUGUGCAUAGUGAUUGGAUGGUGAUCUGGAGGCGGAAAUUU